AUGUUGCUCGACCAGUUGAGCUUGAGCGACAUCGUGACACCCAAGGUAGCGUCUGGCCAGCAAGCAGUCAGUCAUGGCGAAGCGUCUGAGGAGACUUCGGUGCAGGUGAACCAAGCGACGGUCGAGAAGUCGAGCAAAGAUGAUGAAGCGUCCAGUGCGGCCAGUGGGGAGUACGUCACCAUCGUCAACAAAGACACCAACCAGUCAUGGCGCAUCCUCAAGUCUAUAGCCGUUCGUCAAAGCGAACACUUUGAUACAGCGCUUUCGCCCAAAUGGCAGGAAUCGCAUCCUGGUGAAAUCCAUCUUGCUGGCGAUGACAGUCAGGCUCUAGCAUUGGUCAUGGCCUUCUUGCCAAAGCUGACUCUCACGCACCCACCUCACCACCUCGACCAUCAGAUCACCUUCUACCGGCUCCUCGCUGACUCCGCCGACGAGCACUCAUCCAACAUGUUUGAGCUGCUAUUGGAGGUCUUUGCUGUGGCCCACCUGUACACCAUGAACUUCAUUCUCUACGACAUCGUCGAUGACUUCUUGUGCAGUGCUGUCUCCCACUACAUUGCGCCUGAUGAUGAUCGCGACCACCUUGGCCCCUGGGUUCGGAUUCCGGGUGCACCCCCGCUUUGGGGUCCCAAGGAGUUCAUCGAGUACUACAUCAAACCCGUCGUCGAGGUCAUGGAGAAUAACUAUCCCAUCGAGCUGUGCGCUGUCGUCAGAGUCGCAGUGAGACUGUUCAUGACCGAAUCCAGCAAGUCGGGAGAGAUCACUACGUUGUUCAAAGCGCUGCAAGAGUACCCGGCCUUGGCGUGCAACAUCAACGAGUAUCUCUGCACGCUGUGGAAGGUUGAGCAUAAGAAAGUGCUCCAGCUGGAAGACAAGCUGGAAGAGAAAGAAGCCGAGUUGGAACACACUAGAAGCUACGGCAGAGGCCCCUACGGAAACCACGGUGGUUCCAAUGGUCCACUGGACCGUUGGUGGUAA